GUCCCGUCCCGUCCCGUCCCGGGGCGCUGCCCGCAGCCACCCCUACCCCGUUGUCCGCGUGUGGCGAAAGGGCUCUGCUCCCCACCAUGUCGCUGGCCGAGGAGAAGAUGAAGAAGUACAUCCGGGAGAACCUGACCCGGUUCCAUCGCAUCCGGGUAAAAGCGUUCCUGUCCCACCUGCCCUGUCUCACGACGGUGGAUCAGGAAGAAAUUCGAGCUCACCUAGAGCACGAGGGGAACCAGAACACAGUCUUCAAGUUGUUCGAUCACCUCAGAUGUCGGAGGAACUGGGUGACGUGUCUCAUCCAGGCCCUGGAGGAAUGUGAAUACCCUGAGCUGGCGGAAGAAGUCCAGCGUGUCUACACUUCCUUCCUGCCCCAAAGCCAGCCUAGAGCAGCGCCAUUCCCCGCUGGAGACUCAGCUUCUAGAACCAGCCGGCGACCCUGCACUGAGCCCCCAGUGGGCUCUGGAACCCCCGAGGACCUCUCCAACCCUCAGCCGGCCCCCAUCGGAUCCCGUGCCGCCCACAAUGGCUACCCAGAGGAAAACGAGCUCAGUCCCCCCAUCCAGGAGACCAAACUGCAGGAGGCCAGAGCUGCCAACCGUGCCCGAGGACCAGCCGUGAGGAAAGAGGUCCCCGAAGACGCCACCCCUGUGCCACCUCCCUCUUCCUCUCGCCCCCCAGAUGAAGCUGGCCCCCAGCACGCUCCUCUCCCGGCCCCUUCCCCCAAGACUGCUCCGGCCCACCCUUCUGGAAGCCCUCUGGGACAGAGAGAGCCCAACGGAGGAGUGAGAGCCCCUGUCUCAGCUCCUGUCGUCCUUUCCGUCCCUGUCUCGCCUUGCAAGCCUGUGUCUCCACCCAUCUCUCUUCGGCCCCCGUCAAAUCCCGUGCCCUGGACCGUCGGGUCCCGGCCUCGCUCCGUGGAUCUCAACAUCUCUCCUCCCGCCGGUCCCACCUCGGGACUCGGCCGGGAGGAGGGGGUGACCCUUCCCAGGCCCGCGGAUGCCCUUCAGGAUGCGAAGCAGAGGGGUGGAAUGGCAGAUGCGGCCAAGGUGACCCCGACGACGCCUCACCCCGGAACCCCCCAGCCCGUCCCCGCGAGAGGCCCGGUGAGUAACUGGCCGGCCGUGCAGCCAGGGGCCGGUGCCAGUGCCGGUGGUCUCAAUGACGCUGAGGAGCUGAGCAAACCCGGCGUGCUCCUGUCUGCACCCUCGGCGGACAGGGCCCCCCCCAGCGGUGGGUCCUACUCUGGCGGCACUGAGCGCCUGGACAUGAGCGCCAGCGGCUCCCUGAGUGGGGGGCCCCUCAUGAUCAGCCGGAACCGGAGCAGUGUGGAGCCAGCCCCCAGUGAGGCAACCCUCACAGUGGCCCGGGACCCCCCGGAGGAGAAUGACUACUUUUCCAUGCCCACGGGACUCCAGCUCUCUGAGCCGCCGCCCCCAGCCCCGGGGAUCUCUGGGGACCCCUCCCUGGACACCCUGGAGACCCUCCAUAUGGACGAGCACCCCAAGAGUUCGCUCCCUCUGGGCAGCAUUCUGGAGAGGUCCCUGCCCCGCUGGGUCCCUGGCCCACCGUUGACAUCGCGCCCCCUGCCCCCCGAACAGCAGGACGGUCCAGCCCGGUUCUGGGGUCCCUGGGUGGGUCCGGGGGUGGCGGUGGCCCUGAUUUCUGUGGCUCUUGCCGUGCUCUACAGGCAUCUGAGGAGAUAAACCUGCCUCCCUCCGCGCCCCCUCCAACCUCAGGGUCUCGGGCCCGGGCCCCCUCUUGGCUUUUGAAGGAUGGGAACAGAGCAGUCCCAUUGGAGUUUGGCGAGCUUCCCCUUGCCCCUACCCCAUGCCCUCGCCCCGCCGCCUUCACCCUGCACCUUCGUCCCGUCCUGCCCCCUUCGUCACUAUGGGGUGGAUGGGGACCGGUACCCCUGCCCUGAGUUCCCGGCUAUGACGACGAAGCCGUUCUCCCCGCUCAGUUGCCGGCCCAGACACCUAGACCCGCGAGCUCCCAAGCGGGACUGGAAAAGCCCCAGACUGGGUUGCCGUGAGCCAUUGGCUCUGUGCCGUCACCUGCCCCAGCUCCCCCUCGCGUCCCGUUUCCUUCCUCUCUUCUCCUUCCCGGCCCAUUUGGCCUUGCAGGCUCUCUGCUCCCUUCCCCUCCUCCUAGUAUGCCUUCCUGCUUCCCUGGGUGGCUGAAGGUGACAGGCUAGAGUUGGGCAAGGUCGGGGGUGUGGGGUCUGUCCACCGAGCCCCCAGGAGACUGGAGGAUUUUGGGGACCUCAUACCAACCUCUCUGGAAGGGGAGUACUGGGGAGGCGGGGCAGGCCAGCCCGUGGAGAGGAGAGCAGCGCCCUGCACUGCCUGGCCUGAGGAAAGCAGAACUGGAGUGUUAGGGAACUGGGGGGAUGGAAGAGCAUAGAUGUGAUUACUGUCCCCAUCCUCCUUUCCCCAAGGCCUGGGGGCACCAUGGGUCCCAGUGGAGCCAAGGAACAGCUUCAUCGAAAGCUUAGCGGCCUAGCGGAAAGAGCCCGGGACUAGGAGUCAGGACACCAGAGCCCAACUCCGCCAUGGGCUUAGGUGAGCUACUUCACUUCUCUGGUCCUAGUUUCCUCAUCUGUAAAAUGGGGAUGAAGCACCUGUUCUCCCUCCCCCGUAGACCGUGAGCCCCAUGUAGGACAGGGACGGUGUCCAAUCUGAUUGUCUUGGAUCAGCUCCGGUGCUUUGAUACAGUACUUAGCCCAGAGUAAGUGCCUACUGCAUACCGUGAUCGUUAUUAAUAUCAUUACUAUUCACCAGGAGUUGUGUCCUCCCAGCUCCUUGAAUGGCUUUCCCCCUCAGGACUCCUGAGCAACGGCCAUUUUGCAGCCUCUUAAGGCUCCAGAGGCUAGGACCAGCCUCCUCCAUGGAGGCUCCUGCAGCCAUGGUCCAUGGCUUGGACGCCGCGCCGGACUCCGUGCCAGACUCCACGAGGGCCUGGAAAGGGAGGACAGAGGCUCUGGAGCCAGUGGGAGGAGAGGGGCUGAGGAUCCUCCACCCCUAGGAAAAGGCUCCAGGACCACAGGAAGUGUGCAUUCCUCUGGAAAAUAGGUCAGGCACAGUCCCUGUCCCACAUGGGGCUAACAGUCCAACAGGGAGGGAGAACAAGUAAGUUAUCCCCGUUUAACAGGUGAGGAAACUGAGGCACGGGGAUGUUAAGUGAUUCGCCCUAGGUCAAUAAGAACCCCGUCACACUUCCCAGGCCUCUCCCCAGGCCCACAGAGUCGCCUGAGGGACCACCGGUUGCCCAGAACUGGCUGGCUGCCUCCCCGUUUUCCCGAAGGGAAAGGGUCUCAGAGUAAACCCACCGAGGCUCUUUGGUUCCCGGCUGCCCCCUGUGAUUUCCCCAACCCCCCCCCCCCCCCCGGGGCUGGGUGUUUGGUUUCUGCCCCACCCCACAUUCCCUUGCCCCCCAAACCUUCCAUCUGGGGAAACCGAGGGUCCCAGGAGGGCAAGGCUGGGCCCUGGCAGGGAUCCUGGCCCACAGAGAUCCCGGUUUCCAAGAUCUUUCACUCUUCUUUCCCCCAGCCCAGCCUGUCCACAAGGCUGCAGGGGUGUUCCCCACAGCACCCUGGGCUGAAGCCUUAUCCCUGACUUUGCUGUGUGACUUUAGGCAUCAAUCAAUAAUAUUUAUUGGCUAUGUACUCUAUGCAAACCACUGGGGUUAGCAGUGGUCUCUCUGUUCCCGGGGUCAGAUUGGGGGGUGGAGGAGGAGAGAGGGAAAUGUCACUUGCCGAACCCCGAUGGUCACGUUGGUAUCUGUGGGCCGAGCGCCCCGUAGCUCGUGCGUUGGUGCCGUGGCCUGGAACAGUUCGAAGGAAAGGGGACUCCUGUGUCCCGGGGGGACUCCGGACUCGGGUGCCGCGGAGCCCGUAGCCGAGAAAUGCGCGCCCCCCUGCUCUUUCUCCAAGGGAAUGCUGGGGGCUCGCACGCAUGACCUGGUUGACUGAACUCUGGGCUUGGAGCCGGUCAUCCUGCAUCGAGGGCUGGGAAUGAGUUGAGCUGCCUGGCCUGGGGACUGGCCCGCUCUGACCAGCGAGGAAGACCGACAGCUUCGAACCUUG